CCAUGGAGACGGCUUCUCCUAGCAACCAGACGGGCGUUGAGCAGAGCCGCAAGCCUGAUGGACGCCGAGAGCCUCCUGCUGUCGCUGGAGCUGGCGUCCGGCAGUGGGCAGGGCCUCAGCCCGGACCGUCGGGCCUCGCUGCUCACGUCUCUUAUGCUGGUUAAGCGCGACUACCGCUACGAUCGGGUUCUCUUCUGGGGCCGCAUUCUCGGCCUGGUCGCCGAUUACUACAUCGCGCAGGGCCUGAGUGAGGACCAGCUGGCACCGCGCAAGACGCUCUACAGCCUCAAUUGCACGGAGUGGAGCCUCUUGCCCCCUGCCACAGAGGAGAUGGUGGCGCAGUCGUCUGUGGUGAAGGGCCGCUUCAUGGGGGACCCAUCACACGAGUAUGAACACAUUGAGCUGCAGAAGGUGAAUGAAGGCGAAAAGGUCUUUGAAGAAGAAGUAGUGGUCCAGAUCAAGGAAGAGACCCGCUUAGUGUAUGUCAUUGACCAGAUUGACAAGGCUGUGGCCAUCAUCCCUCGAGGCGCCCUCUUCAAGACCCCUUUUGGACCCACCCAUGUCAAUCGGACCUUUGAAGGACUGUCAUUGUCUGAGGCCAAGAAGCUCAGCUCCUACUUCCACUUCAGGGAGCCUGUUGAGCUAAAGAAUAAGACUUUGCUUGAGAAGGCUGACCUGGACCCCUCCUUGGAUUUCAUGGACUCCUUGGAGCACGAUGUCCCCAAAGGGUCCUGGAGUAUCCAGAUGGAGAGGGGCAACGCCCUGGUGGUGCUGCGCAGCCUGCUCUGGCCAGGCCUCACCUUCUACCAUGCUCCCCGCACCAAGAACUAUGGCUACAUCUAUGUGGGCACUGGUGAGAAGAACAUGGACUUGCCCUUCAUGCUAUAGAAGGGGCCAGCCUGGAUUUUUAAACACAGAGUCUAAACAUGAUUUUCUUAAGCUUCA